GUUAAACCGAAAUAAACCGAAUCCGGUUCAGUGUGACUAAUCAGUAACGGAGGAUCAGUGAAGGACGUGGCGCUACCUUUUCCACUGGUUUCGCUCCUUUGGAAUUCCAAUUCAGUUGAAGUUUCUUGAUCAUCAAACAUCGUCCUCAAUCUCUGCAAUUGUGAGUUGUGGUUUAACAAACAAAAAGAAAAUGGCGACGAAUAGUUUAGUGACGGGACUGAAAGUGUUCUUACCGGUGAUGUUCUGCGUCAUGCUCGCGACUCUUAUCUACACCAUCAUCACCGAUGGCCUUCCCGAACCCGACCGUCGUGAUGUCUUCACCCCAUGGUUCGCUACGACGAUUGUGGAUUUCUACAUCAAUAUCGUUCCUAUUGCGGUCUGGAUUGUGUACAAGGAGUCUACAUGGUUUGGUUCUAUUCUCUGGGCCAUUCUCCUCAUCGUAUUUGGAAGCCUGACGACGUGUGUGUAUCUGUUUAUGCAACUGCUCAAGCUGACACCUCAAGAGGCUUCUGAAGAUCCUAUGUACUUCUUGUUACUCCGUGAUUCCUUCAAGGAUGGAGUGGGUCCCAGAGACAAGAAAUCUCUUGUUGUCACUGCAAGAUUUGUGUUUGGUGCCUUAGGCUGUGUCAUGCUCGGAGCUUUGGUUUACACCUGCUUGACUGAUGGCUCUCCUUUCCGCAUGGAGCUUCUUUACCCGUGGAUGGUGGUUUUACUGGUUAGCUUCUACAUUAAUGUCGCUGUUUUAUCAGUUUGGGUUGUGUAUAAAGAAUCUAGCUGGAUCAUUGGAAUCCUCUGGGUUGCUUUAUUACUAUCUCUUGGAAGCUUUGGCACCAGUGUAGUCAUUGUGGUGCAGCUAUUCCGUCUCUCUCCCCUUGACCCGCUAUACCUCGUUCUGGUGAAAAACAGCAAUCGGAAGCAAAGAACAAAAUAAGGGCUAAGUUAGUGAACUCUCUCUCUCUCUCUCUCUCUCAUGGGUCAUGGCAGGGCUGGAGAUAUGUAUGAGCGCACUCAUUCUGCGGUUCUGCGUAUGUGAAGCUUCCUGAUUUCAUUUUUUUACCACAUUAAAAAAAAAAAAAAACAUUUCUUUAUCCACCCACCCACCCACACAAUACGCGUUUGUAUUACGCAUGCAUUCCCAGAAAUAUGUGGAUAAUUAUUCUGUAUAUUGUUUCCUUUUUAUGCGACAGACAACUAUGCCGUUUGCCUGUUUAAUAAAAAAGGUUGUCGUUUGUUUGGGCA